ACACGCAGGAUCACUCGACAAAGAGCCGACAAAGACUGAACAGAACUGAGGACAAUAUUUACAGACAACCACACAAGCAGGAAGGGUGCAUGAACAUGAUCAGGACAAAAGACAGGAAACAAAGCUAGAUAAAGGCAACAGUGGCAGACAAACUUCUAAGUAAACUGAAGGACACUGAAGUAUACAGAAACACAUUAGGAAGAAGUUAAAAUAAAACAUUGACAAAACUAAACUUUCUUUAAAAUGUGGAAGUUAAAUUUCUGAUGUUCUCUUGCAUUGCAUUUAUAAAGCAUGAUUACUUGUUUUUUUUUAGUGAUGGGUUGUUUUCGGUACUGUUCUGAACUGAAGGGAAUGAAUGAGAAUGAGACCAGAGGCAAAACUGGUUUAAAUACAGUAUAUACUAUAUGAACCAUGGUCCAUCCAUCUAAAAACAAAAGUCAAAAGUUAACAUUUCUAUUUGACCAACUCCUGAGGGAAAUAUUAUCUGUGCAAUGCUCCACUAUGUUCACCAGCUAGUUGCUAACUUUGUCUGUCUGCCAUUUGGUGCUGGACAGGUUGUAUACAGUGGGUUUAUCUUCUUUUUUUUUUGCUGACCCAUGAGUGUAAAUCAAAACAGUAGAGAGUUUUUCUUUGGGAUUGUCAUAUUGAUUAGUGCAGCUUUAAACAGAAAACCCUAAUCUGAAGUAUUUUUUAUACUUCACUGUGAGCAUGCAUGUAAAAAACUCUAAAUGCAGAAAAAUACAAAAUGAUGUAAAGCACUUUUUCCGGAAAAUGUGGCGCAUCACAACUUUUUUAUGCAAUUCAAUACGUCCUGUCUCUAACUUGAGUCAAAUGAGAUAUGUGGAAAGAGAAAUAUGCUGUAAAUCUGCCAAAAUGUCUGGUGCAAGAGAAGAAAACUAUGAACACGAUAGAGGCAUGAUUUCAACAUGUAUUAUGAUGUAUCAACAACAUCCUGACAGUUUACCGUAAUAUUCACUCCCUGCCUUAUUCACCCUCAUGACGGUGUCUUGCGCUGUUCAUUCUUGCUCUUCAUUUAAAAUGAUGUCAUCUGCUCUUUUCUGUUCUAAAAUUUGUCAAAAUAUUUCACAUUAUGAAACAACAUUAGCAUGUCUAUUUUCUGGAUAACUGCAAAUACUGCUCUACAAAGGAGAUGUGUCAACAUUUCUUUGUGAAGCUGCUGUGUAUACCAGUAUAAUGUAGUAUGUAAUGCACCAAUCUGCAAUAAUAGAAUCAAAUGUGCAGGAGGAACAACGGCUUCGUUGAAAGUGACUCAAGCUUGCUUCCUGUUGUCACAGGAUUUCCCUUCACAUGACCCCUCUUACUCAAUAUAUUUUUAUAUAUAUAUAUAUAUAUAUGUACAUUUAUUUUUCUCUUCACAUGCAGUCUUUAAAGCAGAGGGUAGCCUAGGAGUUAAUAGCAGAUCAGGCAAGGUGUAAAAUAAAUGGAAACUGGUAAACAUUUGGAGUGGAUCUACAGCUGAAGCUUGUGUCAGAUUCAGAGUUGUUGAAGCCAAACUCAGAUCCUUCAGAGGCUGUCCAGAUGGCAUCCAAUAUCACCACCACCUUCCAGUCCUCCUCUGCAUCCUUUUCUCUGCCUAUCAGUGCCUCAGCCAUGGCUGGGAUCGCCAUCCUGACCAUGGCGUUUGUGCUGGGCUUCCCCGGAAACCUAUUUGUUGUUUGGUCGGUGCUCUGCCAUGUGAAGAAGCGCUCAGUGACCUGUCUGUUGGUGCUUAAUCUGGCACUGGCAGACGCUUUUGUGCUACUCAGUGCCCCUUUUUUCCUGCGCUACCUGGCUGGAGGCAAGGGCUGGGAGUUUGGCUUGGCAGCAUGCAAGCUGGUGCAUUACCUUUCAAGUGUGAACAUGUAUGUGUCCAUUUACCUCAUCUGCCUGAUGAGUAUGGACCGCUGGCUGGCCGUAACAAGGCCUUUUCUCUCCCAGAGAAUGAGAACCAAGCGUUCCCUGCUGGUUCUCCUGCUGGCGGUCUGGGUGUUAGCUUUCAUCCUGUCACUGCCGAUGCCUUUCUAUCGCAGUAAUCUGAAGAAGACACUACCAAACAACAUCACUCUGAGCUUUUGCAUCUCAUACCACUGGGACAGCACAGGUCACAGGGUCUUCCAGUACCUGUUUGAGACUAUCAUGGGCUGCCUCGUGCCUUUCUCCCUCAUCAAUACCUGUUACUCCUCCGUCAUCUGCCGUCUGCAAAGCGCAAAGUUCCACCUUAAAGGGCAAGGCAGCCGCCUCAUCCUGCUGAUCAUCAGUGCCUUUGCAAUAUUCUGGCUGCCCUAUCACAUCGUCAACAUCAUAGAGGUGGUCGGUCUAUGUGCGAGCAAUGAUUCAGUGAUCGAGGCGGCAAUUACAGCGCGUCCAAAUGUCAUAGCCUUUGCUUACUUCAGCAGCGCUGUCAACCCCAUUCUCUACGUGUUUGCUGGCAGCUCCCACAUCCGCCAGGCCGGCCUCAGCUUCAUGGGCAAGCUCUUUGAGGCCACCAACUCGGAGAGCAGGAGCGUAUCUACCUUCAGCCGUAGUGUCCAUAUGAGCCGCAGCAGCUCUUCACCGGAUGAGAGCUCUGUCCUGUACACGCUAUCGGUCAAACUGGGGAAGUCUUUCAAAAGCAAGAACCAGGAAAGGAGCAGCAGUGUGGCAGGCAAUGAGUUCAAUGAGCCUGAACUCAAAACUCUGGCCAGUAUUGAGGAGCUAGAGUAGCACUUCAUCUAUGCUCCAAACCCAAGACAUUUUUCCUGGGCUACACUUCUUCAUUAAUAAAUUAUACACAAACAAGCCUUAACUUCCAUGACUUUAGAAAUUAGACUGAAAAAUGUUACCUAUGCAGUCAUAAAACCUGUCAACAGAAUCUACAUUUCAUAGUUGAAGAACCAACACCUGGCAAUGUCACACAACCAUGAAAAGAAGUACAGCCUCGCAGAGCCAUUAGCAUGGCCGUCUUGUUCAAAGAACGACUGUUCACAGGUAAAGCCAUAACCCCAAAAAACAUUUUCCUUGUUUUUCUUUCCUUGUUUCAGAAAUGUACAAAAUAAUUAUCAUGUGUCUGAGUUCAUAUAUUUUUAAUCACUGCCUCUUUUUGUCAAAUAAAAAUAAUGUUUAAAUUUGUGGUCACACACAUGACCACAUAUCUCUUACAUGUAGGAAUUACAAUGUUGUUUUUAUUUUUUAUAGAAAUGUGUAUGGUAAUUUGUAUUCAUCAAUAAAAGACAAUGUGUUAACUUAAUAAAGUUUUUAUUUAUUUAUUUGA